UUUUUUUUCUGUCAACCUACUAAAAUUUAUAAAAUAUAAUUUUUAUAACCUAUUUUAUUAUAUACAUUAUGGCUACUUCACAGCAACGCCCCGAGAACAUUGCCGCUAUGAUCAAUGGCGUCGAACGUUACAACCCUGAAAACAUUACUGUUCUUGAAGAAUAUUUAACAAAGCAAUGUGAAUCUGGGGAAUAUGAUUUAGAAGCUAAUCUGGCUAUUCUCAAACUUUAUCAAUUCAAUCCUUCUUUGGCUAAAGAACCUAUCAUUGUAAAGAUCCUUGUAAAAGCUUUAACUGCAAUUCCUGCUCCUGAUUUCAAUCUUUGUCUUUACCUCUUGGCUGAACAUGCUCAUCUCGAAUCAAUCGAAAAGUUAACUGAAUUACAACAAUUAUUAGAACAAGCACGUUAUGUUAAAUUUUGGCAAUCUGAUCUCAAGCCCUGGAUUGCUGUUGUGCCCAGUUUUGAAGAUGACAUUCGUCAAGUGAUUUCACGUGUUAUGGCUAUGUCUUAUCAAACGAUUAAUGCUUCAUUGUUAGCAGCUAAUCUCGGCUUAUCCGGUGACGCGUUUAAGAAAUUCUGUGAAAGCCAAGGCUGGCAAACUUUAGCUGGUGAUUUAAUUCAAAUUCCCAUCAAUAAGGGUAAUGAAGCCAAGACAGUUGUGAUUAGAGAAAAUAUUAAAUUUGAACAAUUCACAAAGGUGAUUGGUUAUUCCAACGAAAUGUAAAGAAACGGAAAAAAAAAAGAAAAAGAAAUGAAAAAGAAAAAUUAUAUAUAAUAAAAGGGCACCCAUGUAUACAUUAAGUUUUAUUUAAUAUUUUUUU